AUGAGUUAAUAAGAACCAUUUGAACAUCAUUAUAGUAAUUAAUACUUAGAAGUAUUUGGAUGUUCUCAUACAAAUCGUCAUUUAUAUUCUGAAAAAAUGAUUUGUAUAGAUUGUGGCAUUUUCUUAAAUAAUGUAAAUUUUAUAAAUAAACCAUAGCCAAACACAAAAGUCUAUAAGACAUUGAAAAUGAAAUACAAUGCAUUUUUCAAUCCAAUUAAAAUAUUAAAAGGGAUGAUGAUUGAAGGUUUGCCUAAUGGCCCAAUUAAAUAAAGAUAAGAGUUCAUAGAAUUCAUUUUAUAAGUUUCAGAAAAACUUAAUCUAUCAAUUAACACAUGUUUUUUGGCUAUGAAUUAUAUUGAUGAAUAUUUCAAUAAGGUUGCUGUAAAUGAAAAUUAAACAUAUUUAUUUGUUUCAACAGCAGUUAUGUUAGCUGCUAAAGCAUAAGAACUUGAUGAAAGAGUUCCUUUCAUUAGUAAACUUAAGAGAUAUGCCUCUAUGACUAAUCAUCCUGAAAUUAGUCAUUUUAGUACUUAGGAUUUUAAAUCUGCAGAGAGAUCUCUUAUACAAUAGAUGGAAUGGAAAUUAUAAAGAAAUACAUUAUUAGAUAGAAUAGAAGCUUUAUUAUCAUUUGGAGUGAUUGAUGAUGAUGAUAGUUUAGGAUAGUAAUAAUAAAAAGAAAAUAAAGAUUCAAUUCAUUAAUAGCAUAUUAAACUUAGAGAUUUAUAAGAAAAUUAGAUCUUAUAUUAUGUUAAAGAAGUAGAAAGUAAAUAUGUUGAAUUAGCACUAUAAAUUAUUAGAGGUAUGAUAUUAAAUUCUAAAUAUUAGAUGAUCAAUUGUAUUUCUAAACUGAUUAGACUAUAUUAGCCUUAUCUUGUGUUGCUUAUUUAAGAAAGAAGGCAGGCUUAUUAAAUAUUUGGUCGUAAUAAUUGUAAAGUUUGACUGGAGUUGGUGCAUAGCAAAUAUCAUCAUCAGUUUCUUAAAUUAUGACUCUUACUGCCAAAAGUAAGAGUUUCAAAACUAUAACUAAAUUAUAGGCUAAUCCUUAAGAACUUUAUUAUUAAUAAAUCAUUGUUCCUUCUAAUACUCUCACAACUGUUAACUCUAAUCACCUUAUAAAUAGAUAAUUUUAGUUUGAAUAAAAAAGGCAAUCGUUUGGAGAUUUGGCAAUGCAAAAACCCAAGGUUCCGCUUUUAUAAUCUUAAUCAACUGCUCACUUAGGAGAUUUUAGCAAAUAACAUUUAUAGCAUAAGAAUAUCAUUUUUACUACUUGCAAUAAUUAUACUUAUUUAAAUGAUAACAUCACUGUAGGUUCUAAUAAUUAUAUUUCUUCUCAUACCGUUCAUCAUAAUCAUAAUGGAGAACUUGAUAAGAAGUAUGAAUAAGUUCAUAAAGUUGGAAGUAAUCUUAUUAGAUAGUUGUAGUGA